AUGGUUUCAAAAGAAAUUUGUGCACUUCUGCUAUUGCUGCCUUUGAACCUGGUUUAUGGAACAGACUUUAUCAGAUAUGUCUAUCCAGCCUAUAAUAUAAAAAGCUAUGGAGGUAAUGAAGUAAACUUGCCCCAUUCGGUGAGCAAUGAAGACAGUGAGCACAACAGCAACUCAAAAUCCGCAAGCAAUGAAGCAAAAGGGCAUGAAACACCAAGCAAAGAAAACAAUGAUGACUCUAAUUCUGCAAGUCCUGAAACAAAAGGAAAAUAUUCACAAAGGUCUUCUGAAGAAAAUGAACAGAAUGGUCACUCCAAUUCAGGUCAACAGGUGAAAGGACAAUAUCCAAGGAGAUCAUCUGAAGAAAAUGGACAGAACGGUCACUCUAAUUCUGGCAGUCAACAGGUGAAAGGACAAUAUCCAAGGAGAUCAUCUGAAGAAAAUGGACAGAACGGUCACUCUAAUUCUGGCAGUCACCAGGUGAAAGGACAAUAUCCAAGGAGAUCAUCUGAAGAAAAUGGACAGAAUGGCCACUCCAAUUCUGGCAGUCAUCAGAUCAAGGGACAGUAUUCAAGGAGAUCAUCUGAAGAAAAUGAACAGAAUAGCGAUGCCAAUUCUACAAGUGAUGAAUCUAAUGGCCAUGAUUUGGAAGACAUCGUAGAGAACAAUGACCCUGAUUCUUCUUCUUCUUCUUCCUCUUCCUCCUCCUCCUCUUCAGAAGAACAAUAUGGAGAGCCAGGACCACCAGGUCCACCUGGAUUACCAGGACCACAUGGUCCACCAGGAUACCCAGGAAAGCCAGGUUUUGGGCUGCCAGGACAUCCUGGUAAGCCUGGACCACCAGGACCACAAGGAUUAUCAGCUAUUGGAAAACCAGGCAGUCCAGGAGGACCAGGAAAGCCAGGUGUGCCAGGAGUUCCUGGACGAAAAGGGGAUAAGGGAGUUCAGGGGAUGCAAGGACCAAGAGGCCCUCCAGGACCCAGUGGACCACCUGGGUCAGCUGGGUUAUCUGUCAUUGGUAAACCAGGGGCCAAAGGAUCACCAGGUCCUCCAGGAACACUCGGAUUUCCUGGAAGAAAAGGGGAUCCAGGAUACCCAGGUCUGCCUGGGCCAAAAGGGGACAAAGGAGUUGGAAGCCCAGGGCGUCCUGGUGAUAAAGGUGCUCCAGGACCACAUGGUCCACCAGGACCACCUGGGUCAGAAGGUAAAGGACACAAAGGGGCCCCUGGUGACAAAGGUGAACCAGGGCACAAAGGUGAAAAGGGAUCACCAGGGUCACCAGGACAUCCAGGUAAACCAGGCCAAAAUGGUCCACCAGGACCAUCUGGAAAAGAAGGAAUCGGGAAGCCUGGAAUACAGGGACCACGAGGAGCUCCUGGGAUGAAAGGUCACCCUGGUCUGCAAGGUUUGCCAGGUUCACCUGGAUUGCCAGGCAUCGGAAAGCCAGGUCUGCCAGGACUCAAAGGACACCCAGGUUCCCCUGGUUUGAGUGGAAAGCCUGGUGAUAAAGGAGAGAAAGGAUCAUCCGGAGAACCUGGACCUCGUGGCCCUGUAGGAUCACCUGGGCCACCAGGAAUAAAAGGCCCAAAAGGUCCACCAGGUAAUGUUGGUGCACCUGGAGAAAAAGGUCAUCCAGGACUAAUAGGUCCAAAAGGGCCUUCAGGCCCAAAAGGUGAGCCUGGACAAAAAGGUGAGCAAGGGAAGUCAGGGCCUCCAGGAAAGCCAGGUGGAGAGGGUAAAAAAGGAGAACCAGGCCCAAGUGGCAAAAAAGGUGAUAAAGGGCCAAUUGGGCCACGUGGAAAAGUAGGUAGUCCAGGUCCUCAAGGUCCUCAAGGACCACAAGGGUAUCCAGGCGAACCUGGAAAGAAAGGGCUUCCUGGAAUACCUGGUUCAGUCGGUUCAACUGGGUCUCCAGGCUCUCCAGGACACCCGGGAGUAAAAGGAGAUCCCGGAGUUCCAGGUCCACCAGGUUCUCCGGGUAAAUUUGAUGGAAAAAUCAUCAAGGGGCCAAGUGGCCCAUCUGGACCAAAAGGAGCACCUGGUCUACCAGGAAUUCCAGGAGCCCCUGGUCCAGCAGGCCCACCAGGAGAAAUUAUUAUGCCAAAAGGAAAAUAUGCAGGUUUUAAUGGUUACAUCAGUUCAGGUGAUGUGGUGAGUCCUGUUCCAGCAUUCACAGCCAUUCUUUCUCAGCCAUAUCCUUCAAAAGGGAAACCAAUAGUGUUUGACAAAAUACUGACCAAUUCAAAUAACAACUAUGAUUCAUCAAAAGGAAUCUUCACAUGUGAAAUAUCAGGCAUCUACCAAUUUUUUUAUCAUGUACAUGUCAAGGAAGCAAAUGUUUGGGUUGCAUUAUAUAAAAACGAUGAACCUGUAAUGUACACAUAUGAUGAAUAUACGCCACAAUAUGUUGAUCAUGCCUCGGGAACCGCUAUCUUACAUUUGGAUGAAAAUGACGAAGUUUAUGUACAACUGCCUGCAGAGAAGUCUAAUGGCGUAUAUUCUUCUGAGUAUGUAUAUUCAUCAUUUUCUGGAUUGUUCUAUGGAAUGGGUUACAAUGCUGCACAUCAACGUUGGAAAGGCUAUAGUGGGAGUGAUUCAGAUGGGGUCGAUUCAGAUGGAGAUGAUUCAUACAGUUCAGAAGGAAUAAAGCGUGGGCCACGUGGACCCCCGGGUCCUCCAGGACCAAAAGGUCCGCCAGGAAUCGGACUGCGAGGGGCCCCUGGUAACCCUGGGCCACAAGGACCACGAGGACAGUCAUCUACAGGAAAAUCAGGUACUCCAGGAGCAUCAGGAAAACCAGGCGAAAAGGGAUCUCCUGGAGAAAAAGGUGAUAGAGGAGCUUCUGGGAAACCAGGAGAAAAAGGCAAUGCAGGACCAAAAGGACCUCCCGGCCCACCUGGAUUGUCAAUUCCUGGUAAACCAGGUUCCCAAGGACGACCAGGUCAUCCAGGACCAGCAGGGCCGCCUGGAGCAAAAGGAAAGUCAGGGAGUCCAGGUCAACCAGGGCCAAAGGGAGAAGGAGGAUCUGGAUCCCCAGGACGUCCAGGUGAAAAAGGUGCUCCAGGACCAACAGGGCCACCAGGUCCAUCUGGAUCAAAAGGGUUAGGAAGACCUGGGCCCCCUGGACCACCUGGUAAACCAGGUUCAAAUGGUGAAAAGGGUGCCCCAGGUUCACAAGGAAAGCCAGGAGCACAAGGUCAAAAAGGGGCACCAGGAUCACCUGGGCAAUCAAGAACUGGAAAUGCUGGGGCCAAAGGAGAACCAGGGUCACCAGGGUCUCCUGGACCAAAGGGUUCACAGGGUCAACAAGGUUCACCAGGAGCACCAGGAAUGCCAGGUAUUGGAAAGCCUGGAAAUUCAGGUCCUAAAGGAGAGCGUGGUCCUGCAGGCGCGAAUGGUUAUCCUGGAGAAACUGGGAAAAAAGGAGAGGCAGGUCAACCUGGAGCACAAGGGCCACGUGGACCAUAUGGCCCACCAGGCCAAGCGGGUCCAAAAGGGCAUCCAGGACAAAAUGGUACACCAGGAGAAAAAGGUAAUCCUGGACCACCAGGUCCACAAGGGUUUCAAGGCCCAAAGGGCCAGCCAGGUCCAGGUGGAGCUCCAGGAAAAUCAGGAUCUCCAGGUCAACCAGGUGCCUCAGGCCCAGAGGGUCAACAAGGACUUCCUGGUCGAAAAGGUGACCCAGGACUACCUGGAUCGCCUGGUAAAUCAGGUAGUCCAGGUGCUCCAGGAACACCUGGGUACCCUGGAAAAGAAGGACCAAGAGGGCCUCUUGGACAACAAGGUCCAAGAGGGCUACCUGGAAAUCAAGGCUCUCCUGGAUACCCUGGACAAAAAGGAGAACCUGGCCCUCCUGGUCCUCCAGGAAGCCCAGGUGAUUAUUAUGGAAAAAUAUCAGGUGACCUACCUGGUUCACCUGGGCAGCAAGGACCACCAGGUCCUCCAGGCCUUCCUGGUCCACCAGGUCCACCUGGAAAAACUAUUGUGCAAUCGGAAAAACAUGACAAUAAUGGUUAUAACCAUGGUUCUGUUCCAGCAUUUACAGCCAUUCUUUCUCAUUCAUAUUCAUCAACAGGCCAACCAGUAGUGUUUGACAAAAUAUUAAUCAAUUCAAAUAAUAAUUAUGAUCCAUCCACUGGGAUUUUUACAUGCAAAAUAUCUGGCAUCUAUCAAUUUUCUUAUCAUAUUCAAGUCAAGGGAGCAAAUGUUUGGGUUGGAUUAUAUAAAAAUGAUGAAGCCGUAAUGUACACAUAUGAUGACUAUAAAAAGGGUUAUAUUGAUCAGGCCUCAGGAAGUGCUAUAUUAAGCCUACGUAAAAAAGACAAAGUUUACAUUCAGUUACCUUCAAAAGAGUUCAAUGGUUUAUAUUCAUCUGAAGAGAAAAGUUCCUCCUUCUCAGGGUAUCUAAUUGUUCCAUCAUGAUGAAUAUCAACUAAAGAAAGUGCAAUUUGAAAUGGAUGAUGGGACUGAAUUUAUUGUGGUUGUAAUGUGAGUGGAAAACAUAGAGCCUGGGUUAGAGGUCAUAUUUAGAAACAAAAUAGCAAAUAUAAACGGUCAAAUUAACAUGCAUUUUUGCAGAGAAUUGUGUGUUUAAGAGCAAAUGUUCUGCUGCCAUUAUCCAGGUCAAUAAAAUUACUUGAAACAAAAUUCU